UUCAUCCUGUUUAAGUCAUAAAAUGUUGAGCUCACGUUUGUGUGGAUUUCUGCAUUGCCGUCUAGUUGUUACAGUGGCAGUCGCCGGUCUCAUCUCUCUGAACGUCAUGUUUUUAUGGACUUCACCUCUGACUGUUUGCCUAUCUUCAAAUCGGCCAGGCUCAGGUAGACAACACAUAUGGAAGAACAACUCACUUGUUAAAGCAGUGGUUGACAAACCUGUACUUCUGUUAUGGUAUUGGCCUCAAAAUUACAUAUUCAAUCUGAGUGACUGUAAAACUAUUUACAACAUCGAUGGCUGUCACCUGACGGAUGAUAGAUCUCUCUAUAACAACACAGAUGCCGUGCUUUUUUUCCAUAAAGCUAUUCGUCUAGCCACACUUCCUAAAUCUCCUCGCCCUCCAUUCCAAAAGUGGAUAUGGAUGAAUGUUGAAUCACCAACUAACACUUAUAAAAUACCAGGAAUUAAAAACCUGUUUAAUCUGACUCUCAGUUACAGAGAGGAUUCUGACAUUCCUGUGCGAUUACGACUGACCAGCAGAAAGAUCCCAGAUGAGCAUUUUGAAAUUCCCAAAAAGGAUAAACUCAUCUGUUGGAUUGUGAGUAACAAUUUUAAGAGGACAGGUGCCGAGACGAGAAGCGCUUAUUUUCGAGAACUUAGCAAGUAUGUCAAGAUAGAAGUGUAUGGAAAAGCGUAUGGAUCGUUCCUGGAUUAUAAAGACUACUUUCCUACCAUAGGCAGCUGUAAAUUUUAUCUCUCUUUUGAGAACUCCGUUCACAAGGACUACAUCACUGAGAAGUUAAAUGGACCUCUGGCAGUAGGUACUGUACCUGUGGUGCUGGGACCUCCCAGAAAAAACUAUGAAAGGUUCGUACCGGGUGACUCCUUCAUUCAUGUGGACGACUUUCCAGAUGCAAAGUCACUAGCAGAAUAUCUUAUGCAUCUGGACAUGGAUGAAGACGCCUAUCGCAAGUACUUUAACUGGAGGAGAAAUUUCUCAGCACGUCCUCAUUUAAUAUUAAAGAACCAAGAGUUUGUUCUGGCUAUUUGUACGGCCUGUGAUUAUGUAGGAAAGCAUAGGGACUAUAAACAAAUUCCUGAUAUCUAUGAAUGGUUUUUCAACUAA